AUUCUCGAUUGAUACUUCAAGUCGACAAGAUGGAAAAAGUUUUCUUCUGCAAGUUUGGAGCUUUUGCCCUGUUGCUGUGGGCCCUGGCCGUGUCUGCAAACCCGCUACAUGAAGCCGAAGAUGCCAUUACCGUACCGACAAUUCAGUUCCGAAGCAAAUCCGGCGAAGGCGAAGAAGUUUGCACCGGCUAUCAAAUCCGUGGACAUCUGUAUGCAACGUUGGCCCAUUGCCUGGGAACGGAACAGAGCGAAAUCCAUAAAAUCCGUGAACUGGACUUCGUCGAACAGGGAACCCAGAAGGUCCAAGCGUUUGCUCUUCGGGCUGACAGCGGUGAAUCCGCUGGCGAUAUUGCUGUGGUGCUGUACAACGGAAAGGAGUACGGGCUAGGCGCUGAUCACAACGGGAUUUUCGAAAAGUUUGGUCUCGUUCCGAAGAUUCGCGUGGAAAGACAAGAUGAGGAAGCUGCCGGUGCCUCUUUUGCUGAAAUAAACGUACGUCUAGUUGCAGCUGCUUUGGCAUUGGUUGGUUCCGUAGUGCUGAAAUGAGGUCGCUCACAGAUCAGAAUUUUCUGUUGCGGAUUAGUUGUAGACGAUUUAUCAUAUUAAAUAAAAUUAUUUCCUGAAA